AUGGCUAGUAAAUCUAACGGACUGGAUGGGACGGAAUGGGCCCGAGCACCUCCACCAUCUGGCCCAAUUGGGGGCAGAAUCGCAAGGGUUUUUUACAACCCCGACGAUGGAAGCAUUUUGGGAAGGACGCCAAAGAGAUGGGGCAUCGCGUUAAUCUUCUACACGGUGUUCUAUGCUGUGCUGGCGAUUCUGUUUUCGCUCUGCAUGGGCGGACUGUUCCUGACCCUGGAUGAGAACAAGCCCUCGUACAUAUUGGAAAGCUCACUUAUAGGAGCAAAUCCGGGAGUGGCCUUUAGACCGAGGCCUGUGGAUGGUGUAAUUGUGAGGGUAUCCGAUAAUGCCACAAAUAACUAUGUCACAGGACUCGUACAAUUCUUAACGCCUUAUGAGAACGAGACUUGGUUUACAACGAAGUCUGGUUGUUCUGUCGAAGACAAUUACGGCUUCCCGGAAUCGCCGUGCUUCUUCAUCAAGUUGAAUAAGAUUUAUGGGUGGAGACCAGAAUACUACGAUGUCAAUGAACUGCCAUCUGACAUGCCGAGCGACCUUGUAGAGUAUAUCACUGGUCUCCAACCAACAGAGCACGAACAGAUUUGGGUCUCCUGCGGAGAAGAAAAAUCAAACGCUACAAAAAUAGAGUACCCCUGGGGAAUGGGUUUGCCGGGAAGGUUCUAUCCGUUCCGAAACGAGCCGGGCUACAACAGUCCACUCGUCGCUGUGAAGUUGACGCCGAAUGAAAGCAAUGUCACAGUGUCGAUACGUUGCCGUGCGUGGGCCAAGAACAUACGCUACAACAAGAGUUUGAAGGAAUCGUCCGGAUAUACACGGAUACAGCUUCAGAUUGAAGGUUCAGGCACAGAGGAAAGUGAAAUGUAA